UCCAAGCACGUUCGCAUGCCACCAACCUGGUUUAGCGGGAGCAGUCGCAGAGAAGCAGCCAGGCGUCCACCGACUGAUGAUCAGCAGGACAAAAUACAAUUAUAAAUGAAGUCACGGCAAAAUAAAAUAAGCAGCUUCUGUGCCUUCUUUCCUUUACCCCUCUUCUUCGCCCUGUUCUUCCCUCGCCGCUGCUACAGCUGCUUCUACUUGGGCGGUCGCCAGGCCUAUUCUGCUUCAGCUGCUUCUGUUUGCUUCAUCCGGCAGGAGAGAAGAAGAUGCAUUCGGGUCGCCUCCUUCUCGAGGAGCCCAUCCGGAUGGCCUCCAUCCUGGAGCCCUCCAAACCCAAUUUUUUCCAUGCGAUGACCAAGAUAGUCGGGACGCUGGGUCCAAAGUCCCGAAGUGUCGAGGUGAUUUCUGCCUGCCUCGAGGCUGGAAUGUCUGUGGCACGCUUCGACUUCUCAUGGGGGGACAUAGAUUACCACCAGGAAACCGUGGAGAACCUGAAGAAAGCUGUCAAGAGCACCAAAAAACUGUGUGCUGUCAUGUUAGACACGGUGGGUCCAGAGUUGCAAGUGGUCAAUAAAAGUGAGCGUGCUAUUUCACUUGAAGCAGAUUCAUUCGUUGUUCUGACACCUGAUCAAGAAAAAGAAGCCUCGUCUGCACUGUUGCCAAUAAACUUUAGUGGAUUAUCAAAGUCAGUGAAGCCAGGUGACACAAUAUUCAUUGGUCAGUACUUGUUCACUGGAAAUGAAACUACUUCUAUUUGGAUGGAGGUAGCUGAGCUGAAAGGGGAUGAUGUCGUUUGUUUGGUUAAGAGCGGUGCUACUCUGGCUGGCUCUCUAUAUACAUUGCACAUCUCUCAAAUCCGUGUUGAUUUGCCUACACUUUCUGAUGCUGAUAAAGAUGUUAUCAGUAAAUGGGGAUUUCGAAACAAUAUUGACUUCCUUUCAUUAUCUCACACAAGGCAUGCAGAGGAUGUUCGACAUGCACGUGAGUUCCUCUCAAAGCUAGGUGAUCUUCAUCAGACUCUGAUUUUUGCAAAAAUUGAAAACACAGAGGGCUUAACCCAUUUUGAUGAGAUUCUACAAGAGGCAGAUGGUGUAAUUAUUUCACGUGGAAAUUUGGGAAUUGAUCUCCCGCCUGAAAAGGUUUUCUUAUUUCAAAAGGCUGCUGUAUACAAGUGUAACAUGGCUGGGAAGCCAGCAGUUGUUACACGUGUGGUAGACAGCAUGACUGACAACCUAAGGCCAACUCGUGCAGAGGCAACUGAUGUGGCUAAUGCAGUACUUGAUGGAAGUGAUGCUAUUCUCCUGGGUGCCGAAACUCUUCGAGGAUUAUACCCUGUUGAAACUAUUUCAACUGUGGGUAAAAUCUGCGCAGAGGCGGAGAAGGUUUUUAACCAAGACAUGUACUUUAAGCAUACAGUGAAGCAUGUUGGACAACCAAUGACACACUUGGAGUCUAUUGCUUCGUCUGCUGUGCGUGCUGCUAUUAAAGUCAGGGCUUCUGUCAUAAUUGUCUUUACUUCAUCUGGAAGGGCUGCAAGAUUAAUUGCAAAAUAUCGACCCACAAUGCCUGUAUUAUCUGUUGUCAUCCCUCAGCUCAAGACAAACCAACUUCGGUGGAGUUUCACUGGUGCUUUUGAAGCUAGGCAAUCACUCAUUGUUAGAGGCCUCUUUCCCAUGCUUGCUGAUCCUCGUCAUCCUGCUGAGUCCACUAGUGCCAACAAUGAGUCUGUUCUUAAGGUUGCUCUUGAUCAUGGCAAGGCAUCUGGCAUAACAAAGUCACAUGAUCGUGUAGUAGUGUGCCAGAAAGUGGGAGAUGCAUCGGUGGUGAAGAUCAUAGAACUUGAAGAUUAGGUUUUUGUUUUUUGAUUGUUUCUUCCUAAAUAUACACCUUGAGGUGCAAAAAACUGGUGCUUUAGAUUCCAGCAACAGCCUGGCGAUAUAUAUCUAUUAUGCAUCUAUACUCAGGUGAUUCUUACUCUUUGGAUGAAAUUUUUUGCUGGAUGUGAGCUAUAAUAUGUAGUGUAAUUGCUUGUAUGUUAUG